CUAUGUAAUUUACAUGGCAGGAUUGGAAAGAGUACAGGUUACAAAUUAUCAGAAUUGAAAGAUCUUCUGUCUGGUCAGACGUUGAUAGUUGGAAGAAAGGAGGUUGAGAUAAUUAGUUCAAUCAGCGAUACCGAUUGGGCAACUGGAAAGUGCUUCCGAACUGCUACUAACACUACCAAUGUAAUACCGCAAAUUGCCAGACAAAAGUUUACAAAUAAAUUCUCAUCUCCUUUGAAAUCUAUCGAAAAUAUGCCCACGAAAGAUGUAAAAAUUACUCACGAAAGUCCUAGACACGACCCAAAUGCUCCGGAUGCUCUUGUAAUGCCACGACCUAGUGUCGACCAUCAGCGCAACUUCAAUACAAAUAAGCUCUGUGUAGUCGAUGUUGUUGUUGAUCCAUACAUAAGUCGUCGUUUACGACCUCAUCAACGCGAUGGUGUCAUAUUUCUAUAUGAAUGUGUUAUGGGAAUGCGUGAUUUUUCUGGCUUUGGUGCUAUAUUAGCAGAUGAAAUGGGUCUUGGAAAAUCGUUACAGUGCAUUGCAUUGAUAUGGACACUUUAUAAGCAAGGGAUGUACGGUGGUAAAGCACCAAUUAAGCGGAUUCUUCUUGUUACUCCUGGUAGCUUAGUACAGAAUUGGUCUCGUGAAUUUCGAAAAUGGUUAGGCAUUGAACGAUUUAAGGUGUUUCCUGUCAGUUCUGAUAAGAGAGUUGAGGAAUUUAUCAAAUAUCCCCAAUAUCCACUGAUGAUUAUUAGCUACGAAAUGUUUGUACGCUCUUGCGAUACACUGAAAGGCAUCAAAUUUGAUCUUCUGAUAUGUGAUGAAGGGCAUCGCCUUAAAAACUCUUCCAAUAAAACUUUUGCGUUGAUAUCAAGCGUGCAAACACGACGUCGAGUUCUUGUUACUGGCACUCCUAUACAGAAUGACUUACAGGAAUUUUAUGCCAUUGUAGAAUUUUGUAACCCAGGAAUUUUAGGGAGUGAGGCCGCAUUUCGUCGUAUUUACGAAGAUCCGAUAGCUAAGUCGAGAUUGCCAGGAUGCAAUAAAAAGGAGAAAAACCUCGGUGAAAGUCGAGCUAUAGAGCUAUCCAGAUUAACAAAGCUUUUUUGCCUCAGACGCACUCAAGAAGUCAUUAUCCAUCAUCUUCCACCUAAAGUGGAAUAUGUGAUAUUUUGCAGAACCGCACCACUACAAGUCCUUAUAUAUCGACAUCUGCUCAGUUCUCGCCUAUUUAAAGAAUGCAUAAGCGCAGUUGAAUCGAAUUAUUGCAGACAUUUCAUGUGUAUUAACGCUCUUAGAAAAGUUUGUAAUGAGCCGAACUUAAUUUAUGAAGCAGUCAAGGAUGCUGAAUCACAUCUGAUUGAUGACGAGAUUGGUAAAUCUAUUGAGGAGGAGCACACACUUCUAUACGCUGGAAUUCAAUCGUUAUAUCCACCCAACUAUUCUCCUGAUACUUUUACUACCGAGCAUUCAGGCAAAUUAGCCGUAUUGAGUAAUUUACUGGAUUGGAUAUACCAAAAUUCGCCUAAAGAAAAAGUAGUUGUUGUUUCUAAUUUUACCAGAACCUUAGAUGUACUACAGAAAAUGUGUAAAAGUAAAAAUUAUCGCUACGUUCGACUAGAUGGAUCAACGCCAACUUCCAAAAGGCAUACCAUUGUUGAAAAUUUUAAUUCAUCUUAUAGUAAAACAUUUGUUUUUUUGUUAAGUUCGAAAGCCGGUGGUACUGGACUAAAUCUAAUUGGUGCUUCGCGAUUAGUAUUAUAUGAUAUUGACUGGAAUCCUGCUAAUGACCUCCAGGCAAUGGCCAGGAUUUGGAGAGAUGGUCAAAAAAGAGAUGUUUAUAUCUAUCGACUAGUUACAACGGGUACUAUAGAAGAAAAAAUUUUUCAACGACAAGUUAUGAAACAUGAUUUAAGCGGGGCAGUGAUGGAUACGAGAGAGUCCGGAAGAAGUCAAUUUACCAGAAAAGAUUUACAUAAUCUAUUUAGCUUGCGAGAGGAUAUCGUGUGCGAUACACAUAAACUACUUGGCUGCAAUUGCUGCCUCGAAGGAACGGUCUGCUAG